AUGAUCAACGGGUACGAGUCCUCUGACUUAACCGAAAUAGCCAAUGGCUUCAACUUUUACUUCGCAAACAUUGCGAAAACUCUUACUGAAUCUAUCAGUGAGACACAGACCAACUUUAAUGUGCACCUAGCCAACCCGGUACAACAGGCACUUGCCUUCACUGAAACCUCCCCUGCUGAGGUAUUAAAAUUAGUUAAAGAUCUAAAACAUACAGCUGCAGGCUUUGCUAUAUUUCUGGAUCUCAGUAAAGCAUUUGAUACAGUCAACCAUGACAUCCUUCUUGCUAAAUUAAACCAUUAUGGCAUUAUUGGUACAUCAAAUAAUUGGUUUAGAUCACACUUGAAAAACAGUCACAAUGGCCCCAAGAUUGAACCUCUAAUCAAUGAGGCAAACAACGAAUUAGCACUUGUCGACAAAUGGAUCAAAUGUAAUAAGCUACACUAA